AUGUCCCAAUUUACAGUCUUGAGCCAAAAUCUGGAAAAACCUGAUAUCGAUGAUCGUCAAUACAGAUUGCUCAAGCUGCCAAAUGGACUGGUAUCACUGGUGAUCUCUGAUCCUACCACAGACAAGUCUGCUGCUGCGUUGGACGUGAACGUCGGUGCUUUUCAAGAUCCAGAGACAUUACCCGGGCUGGCACACUUCUGUGAACACUUACUCUUCAUGGGAACCAAGAAGUACCCGUCAGAGAACGAAUACAGCUCCUACCUCUCCAAAAACUCCGGGUUCAGCAACGCCUUCACAUCGUCAGAACACACAAAUUAUUAUUUCGAGGUUGCAAACGAGGCAAUGCACGGAGCACUAGACAGAUUCUCUCAGUUCUUCAUCUCGCCGUUGUUCGACCCAAAUUGCAAAGACAGAGAGAUCAAUGCUGUUGACUCAGAAAAUAAGAAGAAUUUACAGGCUGAUAUAUGGAGACUUCAUCAACUCAACAAAUCCCUCACAAACCCAAAUCACCCUUACCACAAGUUCUCCACAGGAAACAAGACCACUUUGGGAGACCUUCCAAUCAAACAGGGACUCGACGUGCGGGAAGAGUUGCUCAAGUUCCAUGCCAAGUACUACUCUUCUAACAUUAUGAGACUGGUUAUUAUUUCUAAUGAAUCGCUCGAUACAAUGACGUCAUGGACUGUGGACAUGUUUUCAAAUAUUGCCCAAAAGGACGCCAAGCCUCCUAUCGAGACCAAGUCACCAUACCAAGCAUACGAGUACAACAAGUACCUGAUCCAUGCCAAGCCGAUCAUGGAACUCAGAUCUUUACAGGUGUCGUUCCCGAUCCCGGAUACUAGACCAUACUGGGAGUCGAAACCUGCUCAGUACUUGUCUCACUUAAUUGGCCACGAGUCUGAAGGUUCACUGUUGGCCAACUUCAAGCAGAAGGGAUGGGCCACCGGCUUGAGCUGUGGCCAUGAACCAAUUUCUGCCGGAUAUUCAUCUUUCAUCAUCAACGUGGAACUGACAAAUGACGGUCUCGAUCACCACACGGAGGUUCUGGAGCACGUGUUCAAAUACAUCAGAAUGCUCAACGUUCAGGGUCCACAGGAAUGGAUUUUUCAGGAAUUACGCGACAAGAGCAUCACCAGCUUUAAAUUCAAACAGAAGCGUGGUGCCAGUCAAACUGCUAGUCGGCUGGCUGGCUCUCUCCACGGGUUGGAGUAUUAUAACACCAAGGGACAACAUCCAUUGGAGGAGAUGCCGGUCAUUCCACCACGUGCACAGAUCUCUCCUGACCAGCUUCUGAGUACCUCCGUGAUCAGAAAGUAUGAUCCUGAAGCUAUCAGCUACGUCCUUUCUUUCUUGAAUCCAGAGAACUUCCGUGCAACAUUGAUCUCACAGAGAGACUUCUCGAAUGGCAAUGUUCUCACCGAGAAAUGGUAUGGAACUGAGUAUCAACCCACCAAAAUUGAUAGCAAAAUCAUUGACUCGCUUCACAAUAUUUACAAAGGCUCUGAUUAUGAAGAGUACCGUUUACCAGACCGCAACAUUUUCAUCCCAACUGAGUUCUCGUUGGUUGAGCCUCCUAAGGACGAGUCCAGCGAAAUCGUUUAUCCCAAACUCAUUUUCAACAGUCCAAGUUCCAAGGUCUGGUUCAAAAUCAACACAAAACUCGGUGGUCCAAGAUCGGGUGUUACGCUCAAAUUUAAUCUUCCUGGAUCCACCUCGACUCCGUUGAAUUCUGUGUUCUUGUCGCUGUUUGUGGAGAUGUUGGACGACGAGCUCAACAGUGUUUCUUACCUUGCAAGCCUUGGUGGACUGAACCACGAGUUCGGAUUGGCUCGUUCUGGAAUGACUUUGUCAAUUAGUGGAUUCUCUCACAAGCUGGAAAACUUGCUCGACAGAGUUAGCGAUACCCUGAUAAAGUUCACCAAUGACGAGUCGAUGUGGAAUGAUUAUAGAGAAGAGAGAUUCAAGGUCAUCAAGGAGAAAAUGCAUAGAAAUUUGAAGAACUUUGGUUACACUGUUCCUUUCCGUCAGAUUGGUCCAAUCUUAUCCUCUCUGAUUAAUGACGAGUCGUGGAUGAUUGACGAAGAAAUCGAGUGUUUUGAUGCCGUUACUUACAGCUCAUUCAAGAGUUUUGUGUCCAACCUAUUUGGCAUCUGUUUUGUUGAAAUGUUCGUUAUCGGAAAUUACACCAGACACGAAGCAUCUCAUAUCAACGAGCUUAUUUCCUCCAAGCUCCAUCAAACCAUCCCAUACACCGAGUCCCAGUUCACUAGAGGCCGUUCCUUGGAUCUCCCAUACGGACAAGAAUUCCAUUUCAUCAAGAAGAAUAUUGAUGAGGACAACAUCAACUCGUGUGUUGAAACGUACAUUCAGUUGGGUGAGAUCACCGACAAUAGAGAACGUGUUUUGACCGAGUUGGUUUCCCAGAUCGUGCAUGAGCCGUUUUUCGAUCGUCUGAGAACUAAGGAACAACUGGGAUAUGUUGUUUUCUCUGGCGUGAGACAGACAAGAACUACCUUUGGCCUAAGACUUUUGAUUCAAAGUGAAAGAAGCACCGGAUAUUUGCUUGAUAGAAUGGCCAGAUUCCUCACCAGAAUGGGUCACUCCAUUUCUACCAUGACUGAAGAGGAGUUUGACAAGCACGUUAAUGCCGUGAUUAACAAGAAGCAGCAAAAGGUGAAGAAUCUUUCUGAGGAGAAGGCCAGAUAUUGGAACUCUAUUGCAUCUGGCUACUAUGAUUUCGACAAACGGGAGCUAGACGUGGAAACAUUGAAAACCAUCAAGUUGAAGGAGGUUGUCGAUUUCUACAACUCUCGCAUCUUGGACAAGGAUAACCAUGGAAAGCUGGUUGUUCACUUGGAAAGUCAAGUCAUCCCAAAACAGCCUUUGGUCCAAAACCUAUCAAGCAUCAUCUCCAACUUGUUAUUUGACUACCCCGAGUACGAUUCUUCCGAGGUCAGCUCAAACGAGCUCACUAGCCUGGUCGAGAAGAAGAUCACAGAGGAGACCACAGUGGACGAACAUGUUUUAGAUUCUUUGCUUGACGACGAAUUUACAGCAUUAGUUCCUAACUUCAAACACAAAGCACAGUUCAUCACGUCCAUUUUGGCCGAGUUGAAGAAAGAACAUACUAUUCCAAAUCCGAUCACCAACGUUGGCCAAUGGAAGUCCCAGAUCCCAUUGACAGCUACACCAAGCACUCGCAUCCCUGAACAGUUCAUGGAUGAGACUUUGAUCGAGGCAAAACUAUAG